UAGAGUUUCCCUGUACAGCAUCAGCAUUAUCACAACAUAAUUCUAUCUCGAUCACGCCGCAUAAGUGAACUCCAAUCACAUAAUGUCCUCUGCCAAACAGACAGUCCUCGCCAUUGGUGGAACCGGGGCUCAAGGAAUAUCAGUCGUGAAAGGGCUUGCCCGAGAUUCCAAAUACAACGUCCGCGUUCUAACCCGCUCCACCAAAUCCAAACCAGCACUCGAGCUCGCCGCCCUGCCAGGAGUUACAAUCGUAUCAGGUGACGGUUACAACGAAGCAGGUCUUCACUCUGCGUUCUCAAGCGGAAUUGACAUCGCCUUCGUCAACACGAACGGCUUCGCAAUCGGAGAAAAAGCCGAAAUAUACUGGGGCAUCCGUAUCUUCGAAAUCGCAGCCGAGCACGGCGUCAAGCAUUUCAUCUGGGCGAACCUAGAAUCCUCGUACAAAGUCAGCGGAUAUCAGCCCAGGUUCCGAACUGGACAUUUCGACGGCAAGCACAAAGUCGCAGAUUGGAUUAGUGCUCAGCCAAAAGAUGGACUCAUGAAAUGGAGUAUUUUGACUAGUUGUAUGUAUUUGGAGAUGUUCUCCGAGCUAUUGCGUCCAUUUCCUGAGACGAUUAACGGGGAAGAAGUCAUGGUUUUCAAGGCUCCUGUCGGUGAUGGACGUCCACCCAUGAUAUUCCUAGAGGAUCUCGGUCGAUAUGGCAGAUGGCUGAUCGACAAUCCCGAGAAGAGCAGUGGGAUGAACCUGAAAAUCUCAACCGAUCAAGUGGGAUGGGAAGAAGUUGCGCAAGCGUUCACUGAAGUUACUGGCAAGAAGGCGGUAUUCAGAGAUGUUACCCUUGAUGAAUAUUUUGCAUCUGGAGCUUUCCCGGAUCCGGAUGCUAAAGUCGGACAUUCGGUUGGACAUGAUGACGAUACUUUGCAGACGUAUAGAGAGAAUUUCUCUGGGUUUUGGAACACUUGGAAAGAGAAUGUUUUGCAAAGGGAUGAUGAGGUGUUGGAUGAGAUAUUACCAACGCGGGUUAAGAGCAUCAAGGAGUGGAUGCAGAUUACCGGUUAUACAGGCAAGCCAGGGAGUGUUUUGAAGGAUUAUUCUGAUGCGAGGAGAGCGCCGAAGGUGGAAGUAUAAGGAGUUGAGUUAUAGG